GAGACGGCGGUCUGAUGUGUGACCUUGCAGUGUUUGUAAACAGACACACGUUGCCGUCGCGAACUGUUACGGACGAUCGCCAUCGCGAAGUGCGAGCCACCCUGAACGCGCCUAUUCGUAUCCGUAGACCGAGGCGUGUUGCGCGCAACGCCAUGGAAGUGGAGCCAAUGUGUAUCGUGGAGAAUGAGACGGAGGGAUCUCGCGGUGAUCGGAAAGAGGGGGGCAAGAGGGGACGCAAGCCUGGCAGGAAGGCGGCGGCGGACAAGGCGGACAUGAAAGCUAAGCUCGAACGAAGUCGGCAGAGUGCGAGGGAGUGCCGUGCUCGCAAGAAGCUGAGGUAUCAGUACUUGGAGGAGCUUGUGGCUGAUCGAGAAAAGGCGGUGCUUGCUCUGCGGAAAGAGCUCGAGAUGUAUCGUCAGUGGACUCAGGAAUUGGACGCCGGACGAGUCCCCGAAGGACUUCAGGCGGUGCUGGAAGAAUUCGGCACGCUGAAGCAGGAACAGUCCAGCAACAACUAAACAGCCAAGGAGGCGAGGAAUAAGGAAGUCACGUGGAUCGAGCAAUUUCGUUUAUCUUAUUCCUCUGAUCGAAACCCCCCCUCGUAGUCGAGCUUUCUUUCCGUCUUCUCUUAUCUCUCUUUCUCUUUUACUGUUCUUCGAGGCAAUAGGGAAUAAUUGGCUGUCGAAUCUGAAAUUUUCUCUUUUACUUUGGGUACUUUGUACCCGUGAUUCACUAAAGGAACCGCGAAAAGUGGAUCCUUCCGACCUUUUUGAAAAUUCCUCCCUCCUGUUUUUCCUCUUAAUUCUCUCGCCAAAUGGCGGAAUCGUUAGCCCUGAUUACCUCGUUACCUCAUCGUGUUACCUUUUUUUAUACGUACAUUUUGUUAUCGCGACUCGUUACGUUGACACAUAUUUUUUAUUCUCGUUGAUUAAGGACAUUGGUCGGUUGUCUACGGCCUCACGUUUAAAAUGUACCUCUUUCGCGUGAUCAUUGCGAUGUAAGAAAGUAAUUAUAGAUAUGUUACUGUUGACGCCUCGAAGGGUAAAAACGGUCGUUGUAUAUCGAAAUAUAUCUAUAUAUUCACUAUUGUUUGUUUGAAAAGAGCGUCGUUGCGAGAUUUCCUCGUUAAUCGUUUAUUGAUUCGUUUGAACUUUAUCGAUAGACAGUAUUUCUUGUACUGCAGAGAAUUCAUCGUUUUGUACAAAUUACGCCAUUACAAUGAUUGAUUUAUAUAUGUGUACGGAAGAGUCUGAUAGUCGAAUAAAACCAAUAUUUUUCGAUGAAAAAA